AUGACGUCUACACCCACUGUUCUACCGGCUGGACUGGCAAGAAUCCGUCAGCAGAUGGGUCCGUACGUCCCGGGUCAACUUUCCACUGGCGAGAAAUUUUGGCGCGAUCAUUUCCGCUGGCUUCAUGAGCGUGGUUACAAGCUGAGGCCUCGCUAUCAUCCAAAUUGGGAGCCGUCAUGGAAAAAAGAAGGGCGAAAGGACAACACAUACGUCGAUGUCGAUAAAUACGCGGACGGCAUAUCGUUGACGUAUGUUACUGCUAUAGAUGCAGUGCGCCUACGCGACAAUCGACAAGUUUACCUGAAGCGGGUCUUCUGGAAUACCCAUCCUCAUGAGGUUACGAUCAGCCAGCUCUUUUCGAACAGUCGGAUGCAGGCGGAUGCGCGAAAUCACUGUGUACCGAUCUCAGAAACACUUGACCUCCCAGAAGGCAACGGAUCGAUCCUUGUUAUGCCAUUCCUACGACCUUUUGACGACCCGCCAUUCUUGACCGUCGGAGAAGCCAUCGACUGCAUACAGCAACUGUUCGAAGGCAUCGCAUUUAUGCACGAGAAGGGUUACGCCCAUAGGGAUUGCACGGCCAACAAUAUCAUGUUCGAUCCUAGAGAAAUUUUUCCGCGCCUCUAUCAUCCUGUAAAGAUACACCGAAACAUGGAGCUGACCGGCUCCGCGAAGUACUCGACACGAACACUUCACCCUCCCCGAUAUUACUUCAUCGACUUGGGCCUCACAGGCUACUACGGCUCUCCAACCCACCCACCACUAGUCGACCAGAUAUGGGGCGGAGACAAGACUGUGCCAGAGUUCCAGAGGUCGUCAAACCCAUGCGAUCCUUUUGCGACAGACGUGUACUAUAUUGGAAAUGUAGUUCGCACGCGAUUGCUUCAGCGAUACAAGGGUCUGGAGUUCUUAGAAUCGUUGGUUGCUCGAAUGGUAGAUGGGGCUCCACAAAAGCGCCCGCUGAUGAGCGCGAUCACCUUCAAAACGGGCGAGAUCUAA